UUCUUUUACUCUUGAAAAAGUAGUAAAGUAUGGAUUCUUGGCAAUAUUUUACCGUCAAGUGUCUGGUGUGGGAAUGGCUCGUUUUUCACCGAAUUCACACGCAAGCCCUGGAUGAUUGGCACAAUUAACACCCACUCAAAGCGGCCAUUUCCAUCAAUCCAGCCAAUCGUUGCGGCGUGUAGGCGGAUCUUUGCUGGUGACAGAAAUGUCCCAGUUGAGUUGGAUCAGUUUGCACAACAUGGAUCCAGGUGAGUGAGAUGCAACAUGGGCAGGAAUGGACCAAAGUGUGACUCCACAGAGGCAGAGAGUCAGCCAUCAUGGCCCAGAGCAAUCUGCAUCGGUUCCUCCAUCUGGCGUUGAGCCCCUGGUGGAGUGUGUGUGAAAGGGGACCCAGCUUGCGGCCAUGGCUCACUCGUCAGACCCGUCCCGCAGGGAGACGACCCCCGGGACCCAGGGGUCACACACGGCUACACGCCACAUCUUACGGAAGAAGGAGCAGCGCCGGCGUGGAAUCCGAUCCUCCUCACCCAUGGGCAGGGUCAUCCUCAUCAACUCUCCCGUGGAUGGUGGAGAUGACAGUGAGGACAUCCAUACGAUCACGGUGGAUAAGAGCGUGGAUGGAAGGCUGGGCUUCAGCGUGCGUGGAGGCUCCGAACAUGGCCUUAGUAUUUUUGUCAGUAAGGUGGAGGAUAACAGCACAGCAGAGCAAGCAGGCCUGCGUGUGGGUGAUAAACUGGUGGAGGUGAAUGGCGUCAGCCUGGAGAGCAUCACCAUGAGCAGUGCUGUUAAAGUCCUGACAGGGAACAACAGGCUGAGGAUGGUGGUAAGACGUGUUGGCAAAGUCCCCGGCAUUCGCUACUCCAAGGAGAAAACUACCUGGGUGGAUCUGAUACACAGACGUAUGGUGGUGGAGGAGAGCGGGCAGACGCCGUCGGAUGCCAGCUCAGGCAGCGCCCUCCAAAGGAUCGUCCACCUCUACACCACCUCAGAUGACUACUGUUUGGGUUUUAAUAUCCGCGGGGGCAAAGAGUUUGGUCUGGGCAUCUAUGUCUCCAAGCUGGAUCCUGGUGGCCUGGCUGAACAGAAUGGAAUCAAGAUGGGAGACCAGAUCCUUGCUGCCAACGGAGUGAGCUUUGAAGACAUCAGCCACAGCAACGCCGUGGAGGUGCUGAAGAGCCACACACACGUUAUGCUGACCAUCAAGGAAGCAGGGCGAUACCCUGCCUAUAAGGAGAUGGUGGCAGAAUACAGGUGGCUCAAUAAGUUGGCCAAUGGCACUCAGAAAUCUUCCUCCCAGGGUUCAGACUCAAACUCCUCAGCCUCAUCAUUGUCAUCUGGGACUCCGGUCAGCUCUCUGAGCGGCCUGUCCCAGGUCAUGUUCCCCCCCAGCCUGCCAUUCGGCUCCGAUAUGGUGGAUGUCUGCAUCUCCACUGAAGACCUGAGGUCUGAGUCAGAGCAUAUUGAGACUGCCAUCCAGACCGACCUCCCCUCACAGAGGAUGAGCGCCAGUCGCAGUCUGGGACCCACCACUCUGCUCAAAGACUCUGUGAUUCGUGGAGAGGACGACAAGGGGAAGAAGGAGUCCCCCAAGACAGCCAUGCUGCUGGCUCUCAGCAGACCCAGCCGGCCCAUCAGCCGGUCACAGAGCCAAGUCACUGUGGCAGAGAUCAAGCAGAAGAAAGAGAAGAAGCAGCAGAAAGGGAAAGACCCAGAGGAGAAGAGCACGCUGCAGCGCUCCAAGACCUUUGUCAACUUGCUGUUCAAGGGUGGACGCAAGAGAGACACCUCCAGGGGGCGCUCCAAGUCUCCAUCGGCAUCAGACACCAGAGAGGGAAGGCGCUCCAGUGUGAUGCCUCAUCCGGAGAUGCUCGGUGUGGUGGAGGACAUGGCACGCCGGCUGCUGACUGAGGAAGAGGUGGCCGCUGUGAUGAAGGCCUGCCGGAGGUAUGUAACAGAGCGUUCAGUGGAGAACUUGGUGCACAAUGUGCUGGCUGUGCUGGACAGGCCUGAGAAGCUUCUGCUACUGAGGGAAGUCAGGAUGCUGAUUCCUCCCUCUGACCUGGGUGUGUUCAACAAAAUGGUAACCCCUUUUGAAGUGGAGGCUUACGACAUCCUCAAGUAUCGUUCACUCUGUACUCCUCCUCUUCGCUCUCCCACAUCUGGACGAGUACCCAAACGACACCUUAUCACUCCCAUCCCAGAUUACAGGGGAGGCUUUGAGCUGCACAAUGCUGAGGAGGUGGAGAAGGAGAGCCACCUACUGGAGGAGCUGGAGAAGCUCCGUCUGUCUGGGCCACGCAUGACCAAAGAGCGUCCCCACACCUCCAGAGCUUUCACCCCGCUGUUGGACAUCCCGGUGGACGGAUAUAACACAGAACUCAGAGAACUCAGACCCCCCUCUGCCAGCCCCUUGCUCCCCAAUUGGCUACUGGCCCACAACACUGAGUCGAGGCCUCCUCUUAGAAUGAACAUUGGAACCAUCCGCUCCGUCCAUUUUGACGAGGUUUCACUGCACUCAGCAUCGGACAAGGGAGAUACGACCUCAGAGAGGGGAAGGUCUCUGUUUAAAAAUGGGCAUUCUAAAGGAGAAAGGGAGAAAAGUGGAGAGAGUGUGUUCACGCUGCCUAGUGUGCCUCGCAGGAGUCGACCCUUGUUGUCGCAGGUGUUUGGUUCGAGUCCGGACCAGCAAGUCGGGACUGAGCAGAUGAACGGCCAUCAGGCUUCCUCUGUGAAUGGACUCAAUGGCGCCGACCCUGUUCAGGAGUAUGAGCUCAAAACUGUCAGCAUCUCCAAGACCAAACAGUCACUGGGCAUCAGUAUUUCUGGUGGAAUGGAGUCCAAAGUUCAGCCAGUGGUGAAGAUAGAGAAGAUUUUCCCCGGAGGAGCUGCAUCCACCUCUGACAUCCUCAAGGCUGGAUUUGAGUUGGUGUCUGUGGACGGCAUGUCCCUGCAAGGAGUCACCCAUCAGCAUGCUGUUGACAUCAUCCGAAAAGCCUUCAGCAACAAGGCCAAAGACCCCAUGGUGUUCAUUGUCAAGGUCCCAAAAACUCCUUGAGAGGAGACGGAACCUACUUAGCAACAAACGGAGACCAAGAAGCCCAGUUUGAAUUGAGAUGAAAGGGCAAUCCAAACACAACAGAGUGGAGCGGCAGGACACAGCCAAAGACUUUUGGUCUGGGGUCGGUUAUGUAAUUUUGCCAUUAGUGUUCAAGUUGGAGACAGAGAUUGGAAAGGAGACAAAGAAGCUGGUCACCAGUGAAUGCUCAGGAGAAACGUCUGUGCUGAAGAACACAGUGGAGGGUACUGAUGAACACCAAGGUGUUUUGGCAUCAGCCACUGAUCUGGCUGAAAAACAAAGACAGCUCAUGACAGCAGGAGCUCUCCCUUCUCUUGGAAAGCCCAUUACUCUUCCUCAUGAUGGCUGUAUAUUCCACAGAGAGGCAAAAUGUGGAGUUAAAAUGUAGGAUCAAACAAAUGAAAAGUGUCACAAUAUUGGAGGGAUUUAUCAUCCAGUAAAGAUACUCAAAGGACAUGCAAAUGCAGUAAAACUGAUGUGUCCAUGAGAGAUUAAGGGCAGCUCUGUCCAAAAAAUCCUGACAGAUGCCUUCCCUUAAGUUGUCACACUGUAUGACCACCCAGGAGCAGAGGCCUCACAAGGACAUUUUCUCUCCAUAUUUUAUGUAGAAUCACCAUCCAGCACUCACAAUAAUUGAAACAAAAUACAUUAUGCUGGCAUUUCAUGGAUCUGCAGUUCAUCCUACUGCUCUUAAUUUUUUUUAAAAUGUGAAGUCUGACAAACUGUGAACCGAGUGCCUUCAAAAUCCCUGUAGACGAGAGAACUGAGCAUGUAAAAUAGUCUGACGCCAUGUGGCAAGCUUAAAAUGUUUUGACCUGAAGAGGGCAGACUUUAGUCAUGUAAGGACACUCCUAUAACCUACGCCACUUGUGUUGAGUACUGUAGAAUAAAUCAUACAAGUUGCCAUGGGAGAGAAUGACCAGCCAAUCCAGAUAAAACUGUUGUACCAUGGCCUGGGGAAUACUUAAUUCUGAUUGGCUGGAGGAUGUCUUCUUAUUUUCACUUAGACUCUCUGACAAAAUAUAGUGCAACUUAUUAUUUCUGCAACAUUUUAAAAUGGUCCAGAGCCAAAACGAGAUGGAAAAAAACAUUGACAUGUAUACAAUUUAGAUCAAUAAUUCAUUUAAGAGAGAAAAAAAAAAAACACCAGUACACGAGUCAUUGAUCAAGAAACUGCUUGUAAGUAUUUGUUAUAUAGAGGAAAACUUUAUAUGGAGGCAGAACAUUGGUUAUAAAAAUCUCAAGUUACCACACAA